CGCAUCGUCUCCCGCGAGCGGUGCCAUGACAGCGAAAAGCAUCUCCGGCAUUUUAACUCUAUUUCCCCGCUGCGACAAGCCGUCGUUUGUCGGCGUCAGCGGCAAGUGCGCUCGGCGAGCGAGUCCCGGUAGACGUGGUGUUUAUGUGAACCAGCCUUCUUCCUCCUCUUCCUCCCCCGUACUGUGUUCGUCCUGACUAAUUAACUCCCCCGGUGCUUGUUUGUGAACUCUAAGCAGCCCUGAGGAGGCGGCGGGGAGCUGAGGGCGGCCACCGCGUGACCAUGGACCGCUCCAUCCCGCGGCUACCUGCCAACCACCUGUAGCAGCAACGGCAACAAACAUGGCGAACACGACCCCCGGUACCCGGGACCGCAGAGACAGCCGCUGUGGUGUGUCUGGAGAAGUCAUCGUGGAGAACGGCUGCAUAGCGACAGACCCGACGGCCUCUGACCUCCACGAUGGGACCAACCACCAGGAAACCAGCACCAUCCAGCACCGGGAGUCCGUCCUGCCCAGUUACAGGCCGUCCUGCUCCUCCACCCCCAUCUAUUACUGCAGCCCACAGAAGAGCUACUCGGACCUGAACCAGGACAGCCACAGCUUGACCUCCCAGGACUCUGGUAUCCCCACCCUGGAGAUCAACCCCCCGGAGCCAAUCCUCCACCACCGGCCCGGUGACGGAGGCUUCGUCCCGGACUCCAGCUCCUACUCUCCCGCCACUUUGACUUUAAAUGACAAUCGCUUUCACGGCAACGCCAUCCGCAAAUCCUCCACCUUCCCCCGCAGCGGGUACGACUCCAGCCGCCUCUUUAGCCCCGCCCUCCGACUCACCGCAACAACGGCGACGGGUCUCGGGGGCGGAGCUCUGAACCGCAGCGACGACGUCUCCGUGUGCAGCGUGUCCAGCAUGAGCACCGAGCUGUCGGUCUCCAACGAAGACAUCCUGGACCUCACCGUCACGUCAGACUCCAGCGCCAUUGUUACCAUGGAGACGGACAACAGCGGCGCCGCGCAUUUCUCCGAUGUGACGCUGUCCUCGUCGCCGGUGGACCCCAGAGACCUGUGGGGUCCAGUGAGACCGCAUCCCGGGUCCGGUGGCACGCAAGAGGAAGAGGAUGGCAGACAAAAGAAACUGGGACCUCUGGCGAGCUUGUUCAACAGGAGCAUGUUUGCCAGGCGGGUGACGGACAGCCGGCCGGCGGAGCAGAGGGACGCCGGCUGGAAGCUGUUUGGGAAAAUCCCGCCGCGGGAGGGCGCCGCCAAGGACCCGAAGAAAAUCCAGAAGGAAUAUGAAACGAAGAGUGGCAGAGCUGGACCUGGCAACCCGAUCUCCCCCCGGCACGGUGUGAGGAGAAACCUGGACUUUGAGCCGCUCUCCACCACCGCACUCAUACUGGAGGACAGGCCUGCCAAUCUGCCUGCCAAGCCGGCCGAGGAGGCUCAGAAACACCGGCUGCAGUAUGAGGAGAUGGUGGCCCAUGCCAAGAAGAGAGAGUUGAAGGAGGCUCAGAAGAGAAGGAAGCAGCUGGAGGAUCGCUGUAAGCUGGAGGAGAGCAUCGGCACCGCCGCCCAGACCUGGAACCAGGAGAUCCUGCCCAACUGGACCACACUGUGCACAUCUCGACGAGUCAGGGACCUCUGGUGGCAGGGCCUCCCCCCCAGCGUGAGGGGCAAGGUGUGGAGCCUGGCCGUGGGCAACGAGCUCAACAUCACACAUGAGCUGUACAGCAUCUGUCUGUCCCGGGCCAGGGAGAAGUGGAGCAGCACUCCUUCACAUUCCUUAGAGACGGAACCUGAAGAUCCCGGCUCGUCGGAUCGGGAGUCGAGUCUGGAGCUCAUCAAGCUGGACAUCUCCAGGACCUUCCCCCACCUGUGCAUCUUCCAGCAGGGCGGGCCAUAUCAUGACGUACUGCACAGCAUUCUGGGAGCAUACACUUGUUACAGGCCAGACGUUGGCUACGUGCAGGGGAUGUCGUUCAUCGCAGCCGUGCUGAUCCUGAACCUCGACACAGCCGACGCUUUUAUAGCUUUCGCUAACCUGCUCAACAAACCCUGUCAGAUGGCCUUCUUCAGAGUGGACCACAGCCUUAUGUUGACGUACUUUGCUGCAUUCGAGGUGUUCUUCGAAGAGAACCUCCCGAAGCUCUUUGCACAUUUCCACAAGAACAACCUGACGCCCGACAUCUACCUGAUCGACUGGAUCUUCACCCUGUACAGCAAGUCCCUGCCGCUGGACCUGGCGUGCCGGGUCUGGGACGUGUUCUGCCGGGACAGCGAGGAGUUCCUGUUCCGCACGGGCCUGGGCCUGCUGCGCCGGUACCAGGACGUGCUGACCACCAUGGACUUCAUCCACAUGGCCCAGUUCCUGACCCGGCUGCCCGAGCAGCUGCCCGCCGAGCAGCUCUUCCAGCACAUCGCCGCCGUUCACAUGACCAGCCGCAACAGGAAGUGGGCGCAGGUCCUGCAGGCGCUGCAGAAAGACCCGGAGCGAGGCGGCAGCCCGGUGCUGAAGCGCUGAGCCGCCGGACUCCACCAGAACCUCUCGGCUCAGCGGGACUCGUCGGGUUGGAGCCGCCGUGAGGAACCUCCAGAGGGUCCGUGAUGGUGACGAGGGUGGGCUGUGAAGAGGAGUGUGAGGCCUUAUUUAUCUCCCACCACCCCGAAAGAAUGUGUCACACACUCCCACAGGCCAGAGGAACCCACUGAGGAACCCUCUCCUCUUGGACUCCGUCCAGCUGCGGUUCCACUCGUCUUUUCUUCCCGUCUCCGUGCGUCCCGGUUCAGGGACGUGACGUCUUCAUGCGAGUCUCCCGGAUGUGAUGUGAAGCUUCAGCUCUCGUCUUUGUGCACUUCUCGUCUCCUUUUCUACACGCAAGUCAUUCCUUCACUCUGAGUUCAUCCUCGUGUGCUUUUCUUCUGUGUGUUUGGUUCAGGUUUCGUCUCUGCUCUCGGAAAGCACUUCCUGUGUCUCUGAGAGCUCCUUUGUUUUUCAGCGGCCGUGAGCUGCCUGUCAAAUGAGUUUCACACUUUAUAUUUAUGUCGAUGACACUGAGUCCUCGACGCUGCUGCUGGCUGCCCUUAAAGUUCGAGGUACAUUUCAGCUUUAAAAUGUAUUUAUUUAAAUAUGUAUCCGGAGGACAUGAAGGCUCGUUGCUGAGCGUCUCCGCCCAGCGACACGUGAUAUGAGCAGCUCAUGGAAGGGGGAGGAGUCGAGGGAGGAGGAGGAGACGCUCGACCUCCGUCUGUAUCCUCGGCCGAUCGUCUCGUUUUAUUUAUUUAAUUUUUUUAUACAGAAUCUCCCGGUUGUUUAGCGAUUUCGACCUUUUAGCUGUUUCUCUUCACGUUGUUGGGCCUCUGAAGUUUGUUUGUUUGUUUGUUUUGCACAUUCUUCCUUCCCGUCAUGUCGAACACAGCGUGUGUGUCAGCGGUCGCCCGGUCCCCGGGUGUAACCGUCUUUGUGGCCGCCGCCUUCACACACACACACACACACACACACCGUGGUUGGUGUGUCACGUCGUCGCAGCAGCAGUGGGCGGGGCCUGUGUGACGUCGCUGUCGACAUGAAGCUUUUUGAUAAUCGGCUCGCAGAACAAUCGGCCAUCUGUUGAUGACGACGGCCCGGUGGGGGUCAGGAGAACGAGUUAAUCACGGAGCCGGAAAUAAUCUGAAGUUUAUAAGGAAAACACUCGAAUAUUAUCUGAGAUUAAAAUGGUUGAUUUACAAGAAGAAGAGAUGAUGAAUGUUUUUCAUGUCUCGUCAGAGUCCGGAUGCUGAUGGAGUAUUUCCUCCUCACUAAAUCCGACGGCAAAGUAUCAUUUGACUGGUUAAUUCACCUCGGGCAUUAUGAGUCUUUAAUAGAUAAAUCUCAAGUUUAUGACUUUUUGAUCUCAGAGAAUAUCUGACACUUCUUUGGUGAAUCUGAGUUUCUUCCUCAGAUGUCGGAACACUUUACUGCAGGAUGCUCUUAAAUAUGACUUAUGAUGUUCAAUAUAUUCCUCCUUUUUUAAUUAAUUUUUUUAUUUUGUGAUUUGCCCAUUUUGCACAAACCUGUUUGUCAAAUGAGAUAAAUGAUUUUUAAAGAGACGGUUAUUGUGACGCUGCUUCAUCGGAUGUAGAGAUGAGACUCCACUUCCUGUUGUGCGCCGUGCUAUCUGGUCCCCCUCUUGUCCCCUCUGAGUCCAGCCCUCCAGGACCUGAACCGCAGAUGAAGUACAACGCGUGUUCUGGUUUAACACAAACAAACAGGAAGCGCCUUGAAUCCUCCCCCCAACACACACACACACACACCCUGUGUGGUGACACCCUGCAGGACUGCAAUAAAGCUCUUUGCACAUAUAAGCCUUCGAGUUGCGCCUCGCAUCGUCUCUUAACGUCGCCACUCGCAGGUCACAACGGGCCGUCGGCUUCUCAUCGUGGUGUUUUUUUGUUUUUUAUGUGUGUGUUAAGUGGCAUUUGCAGAAUGUGAUCUGUUAGCUACUUGUUACAUUCAAGGCCUCGCAGCUCUACACACACACACACACGCUGUAUGAUCCACAUUCAAUCCCAUUUUAAUAAAACCUGUGAUACGCUGUGA